ACUGUCAGACAGACAGACGCAGUCUCUCAGUCUCUCGAACACCUGUCCGGCGUGUAUGUGUGAGUGCGUGUUUCACUAUCUUCCCCACGUCGAUCUGCGGAUCGCGUCCCCUUAUCCUUCCCUCCCUCACCUUUCCGGGCAAGAUGGAUCAAAAGAAAGCAGAACCGGGGUCAUCCCACCGCAAUGGGAUCAACCGGGUUAUGCUGUACGGAGAAUUCACGGCCACCGACAACAGAAAGGUCAGGUAUACUCUCUGUUUGACGGAGCUUGACCUGACUGUUCAAAAGAUCACAUCGGCACCUGCGGGAUGGAGCAAGGUGGUCUUCAACUUGAGAGACUGUAUAGGUUGCCAAGCCUUCAAGGGAGAUGAUAGCACAGACGUUGGAGCUUAUUUUUCCGCUUAUUUUUACCCUUUUAAGAAAAGAUGGAUGAGUUCCGGGGUGGCCCGUCAGAGGGUUGAGCAGUGUUUUCGUGUAGCAUUGGUACAGGACCCCCUUGCGAACCUCGAGGAGGCGAAGCGAUGGGCUCGCGCUAUCAACGAAUAUUCUGCCCAUCAGCGACCACACAGAGAGGGAGUGUUGUUCAGCCAGGUACGGCAGCCCGGAAGGCUCAUGGUUCUCCUGAACCCUCAGAGCGGGAAGGGCCAGGCCCUGAGCCUCUACACGGGACACGUCCAGCGCAUGCUCGCCGAGGCCGGCGUCCCCCACACGCUGGUCAUCACCGAGCGGCAGAACCACGCCCGGGAGCUGGUGAGGGAGGCUGACCUGUCGCAGUGGGACGCCCUGGUCAUCAUGUCUGGGGACGGGCUGCUGUUUGAGGUGGUGAACGGGCUGAUGGAGAGAGAAGACUGGGAGACCGCCAUUCAGACUCCCCUGGGGAUCCUUCCGGGGGGUUCUGGGAACGCGCUGGCUGCCUCCAUCCACCACUACUCCGGGUCUCAGCCGGUGUUGAGCGAGGAGCUGCUGCUGAGCUGCGGCUUCCUGCUGUGUAAGGGCCUGGUGUCCCGGAUGGACCUGGUGUCCGUCACCACCGCCUCCAGCCAGCGGCUCUUCUCCUUCCUGUCGCUGGCCUGGGGCUUCGUGGCGGACGUGGACAUCGAGAGCGAGAAGUACCGGUGCGUGGGCGCGGCGCGCUUCACCAUGGGCACGCUGGUCCGGCUGGCCUCCAUGCGCGUGUACCAGGGCAGGCUGGCCUACCUGCCCGCCGAGGAGCCCGCCACCCCCCCGCCGGAGGAGGUGUCCCCGCCCCUCCCUCCCCCCUCCGCCCUCUGCGCCUCCCUGCUCUGCCCGCCCUCCAAGGCCCCCUCCAACCAGAACACCUUCCACAACUCCUGCAACUCCAACAACGCCCUCAAAGCCAGGAGGGGGGACGGCCCCCCCCGCCCCGCCGCGGCGACCCCCAGGGGCCCCCCCGACUCGCUCCUGGUGCCCCUGGAGCAGCCCGUGCCCGGCGACUGGACGGUGGUGGAGGAGCAGGAGUUCAUGCUGGUGCUGGCCAUGUACCAGUCGCACCUGGGGGAGGGCAUGAUGGCCGCGCCCGGCUCCUGCCUGCAGGACGGCCUCAUCCACCUGCUCUACGUCAGGGCGGGCAUCUCCCGCCCCGCGCUGCUGCGCCUCUUCCUGGCCAUGGAGAAGGGGGCGCACGUGGCGAACGGCUGCCCCCACCUGGUGUACGCCAGGGCGCGGGCGCUGCGCCUGGAGCCCCUCUCCCCGAAGGGCGUGAUCACGGUGGACGGGGAGUCGGUGGAGUACGGGCCCGUUCAGGCCCAGGUGCACAGCGGGCUGGCCCGGCUCAUCUGCGGCUGAGGACCGCACACACGCACACACACACACACACACACACACGCAC